CCCACUCCCUCAAAUUCAAACCCUGCAUUUUCAACCCAAAAAUUCAAAAAAAAAAUUCUAAAUAAGUGAUGGGGUUUCCGGCUAAUGGCUCAUCGGACAAACCAUUGAAGUUCCUGAUCUACGGUCGAACUGGUUGGAUCGGUGGUUUAUUAGGCAAACUCUGCGAAUCCCAGGGAAUCGAUUACGAGUACGGCUCCGGCCGUUUGGAGAACCGGAUUUCGCUUGAGUCCGACAUAGCCAACGUGAAACCGACCCAUGUAUUCAAUGCCGCCGGUGUCACCGGUCGUCCGAAUGUCGAUUGGUGCGAAUCCCAUAAGGUGGAGACCAUCAGAACCAAUGUGGUCGGGACCCUUACCCUCGCUGACGUUUGCAGAGACAAAGGCCUCAUCUUGAUUAAUUAUGCUACAGGUUGCAUCUUUGAGUACGAUGAGGCUCAUCAGAUCGGAACGGGUUUCGGGUUUAAGGAAGAGGAUACUCCGAAUUUCACCGGUUCCUUUUAUUCUAAGACCAAGGCUAUGGUGGAGGAAUUGCUCAAGAAUUAUGAAAAUGUAUGUACCUUGCGAGUUAGGAUGCCUAUUUCAUCGGAUUUAGCCAAUCCCCGAAACUUCAUCACAAAAAUCACUCGGUACGAUAAAGUGGUUAACAUUCCUAACUCGAUGACCAUCCUCGAUGAGCUUCUUCCGAUUUCCAUCGAGAUGGGAAAGAGGAACUUGACCGGAAUUUGGAACUUUACAAACCCGGGAGUGGUCAGUCACAAUGAGAUAUUAGAAAUGUACCGUGACUACAUUGACCCUAACUUCACCUGGAAGAACUUCAAUCUCGAGGAGCAGGCCAAAGUUAUCGUAGCCCCGAGAAGCAACAACGAACUCGAUGCCACCAAAUUGAAGACAGAAUUCCCUGAGCUCCUUUCGAUUAAAGAGUCUCUUAUUAAGUAUGUAUUCGAACCGAAUAAGAAGACUGGUGGAGCUUGAUCAGUUACUUUGCCUGAUAAAAAGUUUGUCUUCAAAGGUAGACUAUGUGAGACUAUUUGAGCUUGAGAUUUUAGGUUAUGAAUUCAUUGAUUUCCUCUUCUUUUUAUCAUCUUGUUUAUGAAUUUGGUUCGUGUGGGUCGAUAUGGAUGGUGAUAACCUCGGCCAAUACGCACGCAUGCCUCUUCCCAGAUGACACGAAAGAUCGCUGGUAUUUUGUAUUUGAAUGUUGUAUUCAUAUAUGAACAUUUGAAUAAGUCAGUUGGAAAUGGUUUUAUCUGGUUAUGAAUAUGCAUUUUGAGUUUUAUA